UCAGAAAAAAAGGUACUGUGGAGGUACAAUUUUGUUCCUAGGGGAACAAAAAAUAUAAUGGUACCUUUAAAGGUACACAGUAGGUCCUUAUGGGUACAAUUAUGGUCCCAAAAUGAGUUAUAAAGGUACAACUUUUGAGAUACAGAUGUGAAAGGUACAUUUUUGUACCUUGGAAUUACUUUAUUUGGAAUUAUUUUAAGUUUAGCCCCAAUUAGAGUAGGCCUAUGUGUUUUUCUUUCUUUUCUUUUUUUAUUACUUUAAUGUGCCUCAACUCAUGAUAACAUCAAUACAUAUUACAUUUCUUUAAAUGUAAAAAAUACAUUUUCAAACAGUGUACUUGUCCCCUACCUGUAAAAUGAGACAGAUAUAAUAAAACAACAUAAAGCUAAUGAAAUUAUUAAAUUAAAUCUUUUGAAUAACUGUUAAGGUUUUUUGUUGUUAUUGUUGUAAUAUUAUAGUUGUCAGAAAAGCUUUUUUUUAUUAAAUGUAUUUUUAUUAAUUUAAAACUUUUAAAUUUUGACCUUUGAAUUAUUACAUUUUUAAGACGCUGAAUGACAUUUGGAAUAAGGACAAUGCGGAAUGUCAAGAUUUAAUUAUACUCAAGUAAUUAUAUUCAAAACGUGCUUAUGCAGACGUUACCGUUGAUGUCGCUUUAAGAAAAUUUCCCUUGCUUGGCUUGAGUCGUUCAGUUUAGGCGAUUGAUGCGGACGUGCUCUGACGGAACCUCGCACGGUUUUCAACGCGGAGUCUGUUUUGGAGUUAAUAUUACUCAGGUAAAUGCGGAAUAAUGUUAUAUAAUCUUAUUUAUACACGUGGGACGCCAUGUUCGGUUAAUUUUGUUGAACUUGAUGUUCCCCUGCUCUAGCCUGCUAAAAAUGCUUGCGUCAGACUGGCUGGUGUAAGUUAACAUUCGUUGGCCUGCAGGAUGGAGCUGACUAGAAUGUCUACAGCUAACUUAAUAAAGGAGUUAAUACAAUUUGGUAUCGAAGUCACUGAAGAGGAGAGGAAAAAGUUUGAAGACAAUGAUGUGGAUGGAGGGACUGUUGACAUCGGACUGACUGAGUCAAUGAUUUCAUUCCUUUUUGAGGGAUCAUUUAAAAAACAAGCAAAAUUUCAUCGAUUUGUUCAGCAGAUGAAGGAGACAGUGACAUUAACUCUUGAACCUGUGCCUGUAGAAAGCCAGUCAAGAGCUGGAGCAAGUAAUAUCAGCCCAUCAACAGCUUUCCCUGCAUUUUUUGAAGUUCCGAAAUUUCCAUUUGAUGUUCAGGCCAAGUUGGACCGAAAAAAAUGCAGACUAACGUCAUCAGACCGAAACAAAAUUAUUAGAACGUUGUAUGAAAUCAUGGCUCAGUACAAAAUGAAUCCAACUACAGAAGAGUAUGUUCAAGUGGCUAAGGCCCUGACUCUGAGGUAUCCCUUUUUAAAAGACAAAGAGGGCAAUGGAUAUCACACUUGGCACAUGUCUCUGAAACGCAAGUUUAAAUUUGAGCGGACACCUUUGGCUGCAGUUGAAGAAGUGAAAAGACUUAAACAGAAGUUUGGUCAUUCAAAAAAGUCUCUGCAACCUGAAGAAAGCAGUUGCAAAGAAAUUACAAGGCCUUUGGAGAUUAAUGCUGUUGGAGAGGAUGCUACAUCAAUAGAGGGACAUGUGAAAGUCCUGCAGGACCAAUAUAGAAGGACACAGCCAGAGACUCACAUUGUUGAAGAUCGAAUGAGGAGGACCUUUGCCUGGAGGCGGCAGGAGAUUACUAGUGGUAUGACUGUUGAAGAUGUCGUCAACAAAUAUCCAUUCUUGAAGAGUCCAUCAGGGCUUUAUCAAGAAAUUGGUUUCCUGUAUAAAUGUGUUCAACUGAGCCGACAUUUUCGAGAACAUUUUGGACACAUUACAUCAAGCGUGCUACGGCUCGCUCAAGGGAAAUCCCCUCUAUCAAAGCUGCACAAAGAAGCUAGAGAAGAAUCUCUCUGUGAAGAUCAUCUUGGAAUUGAUUUUAAAGCAGCACUUCUCAUGUUGCCAGCCUUGUUCAGAGAGAAACUUGAACAUUUCAUUGUGCUUGGAGAGAGUGAACCAUCCUCACCAUAUCCUACUGUUCAAGUACAGGAGACCACUGACUGGAAAACUGUGUUUACAAGAAGAGUCACUGCAGUCAUCAAAGUUGAUGGGAUCGAAAUCUGCCAGGCAAACCUAUGCGUUCUUUAUGGUGUUUAAGAUUUGAAGGAAAACAUCAAUAUUUUAAACAGGUUGCCAGCACGUGUAGAAAUUUUGUUAACAUUUCAUCCACUUUAAGUAAUCGAAAUCAACACAGACAAUGUUGGGAAUUGUCUUCUGUUAAUAUGUUGGGCGAAUAUGAGAGAGUUGCUGGAUGUUGUGUGAGCACACCAUUUCGAUCUUUCCCUGUGGCUCUACAGCAUUCAGUGAAGGCAAUUAAGAAGUACAGCCAUGUCAAUUUUGAAGGCAAACAACUUCAACGAGUAACAGAAGUAGUGCUUAAUGAUGUCAAAUACUGUGUUAAAGAUGUGUUUACUGUGGGUCAUCUGCAUGCAGAAGCUGUUCCAUUGUUUUUUCAGAUUAAGUACAUUCUUAACAUAGACACAGACUGGUUAUUGUGUGGCAAGCUUUUAAUUCCGGUUUCUUUUUGUCGUCAUUUUUAUUCAUACUGUGUGAAAUGUGAGAAUGAAUGGACUGUCCUCUUGCCAGGUGAAGAGGUUGAUUACCAGGCAUUAGACACGUACCACGUUGAUGACAAGUUAUUUAUUAGCACUAGAUACACUUGCUGAAGACAAACUGCUGCAAACGUCAAAAUGUGCAGUACUUGAUGUAGCCUGUGUAAUAAGGCUGUUUUACUUGUUUGAUGAGUUUUUCUGAGUUUUUUAUUGAAUAGCUAGUUUUUUCUUGACAUGCUUGCUGUUGUGAGAUGUAAUGAAAUCUUUUUAAAAGAAAAUUUCUAAAUAAAAUUGUCUAUUUGUUA